UAUUUGAAAUUCAUAAUAAAGGAAAUGAAAAAAAAUUCUAUUCCAAAUUGCAAAGGACUUAAUAUUUUAUUAGUGUGAGUUAUUUAAUGAGUUAAACCAAUAUUAACAUCUUUAUAAUAGUAUAAUUAUAUUUAUGCUGUGUUUGUUUUGCUACGACUUUAAUGCUUUUCACCAGCAGGAUGUUUUCUAUACAUAGCCAUGGCACUUUUGCUGUAAUGUUUAAAAGGCUAACUAAGUAUAGAGCAGACUGAAGGGGGGGCUAUGUUUUCUCAUGUGCUUUUGUUAAAUUUAUUUGCCUAGUGUUAGAUUUUGUCAAUAGCAAAAACUGAAGCAAAUAAAAAUGCAUAGAGAUAUUUAUCAGAAAAAAAGGUAGAAUAAAUUCUCUCAAUUCUCAGCUGUGUACAGUAUAGUGGCCAGCAGAUAAUUAUAUUAUUACAAGGCACAGUGGGAAGUACAUCAGGAAAAAUAUGAGACGUACUGAGUCAUAAUGUAAUUUUUUUUUUAAUCCUGCUUGCUUAUGUUCUCUUGUAGUUCGAGAUCGGGUCCGGACAAAAAUGGAGCGCGAUAUUCUAGUAGAAGUUAAUCAUCCUUUUAUUGUCAAGUUACAUUAUGCUUUUCAAACAGAAGGGAAGCUGUAUCUUAUUUUGGAUUUUCUCAGGGGAGGAGACUUGUUUACACGUUUAUCCAAAGAGGUGAUGUUCACAGAAGACGAUGUUAAAUUUUAUCUGGCAGAAUUAGCACUUGCUUUAGACCAUCUACAUAGUCUUGGAAUAAUAUACCGGGACCUAAAACCAGAAAACAUCCUGCUUGAUGAGGAAGGACAUAUCAAAUUGACAGAUUUUGGCUUAAGUAAGGAGUCAAUUGAUCAUGAAAAAAAAGCCUACUCGUUCUGUGGAACAGUGGAAUAUAUGGCACCAGAAGUUGUGAACAGACGAGGCCAUACACAGAGUGCAGACUGGUGGUCUUUUGGUGUUUUAAUGUUUGAAAUGCUCACUGGUACUCUACCUUUCCAAGGGAAAGACAGAAAAGAAACCAUGACUAUGAUUCUCAAGGCCAAACUUGGAAUGCCCCAGUUCUUGAGUCUUGAAGCACAGAGUCUCCUGCGAAUGCUCUUCAAAAGAAACCCAGCAAACAGAUUAGGAGCAGGUCCAGAUGGAGUAGAAGAAAUUAAGAGGCAUGCAUUCUUUUCCAAAAUAGAUUGGAAUAAAUUGUACCGGAGAGAAAUCCAUCCUCCUUUUAAACCUGCAACUGGCAGACCUGAAGAUACAUUUUAUUUUGACCCUGAGUUUACAGCAAAAACUCCAAAAGAUUCGCCUGGUAUUCCACCCAGUGCUAAUGCACAUCAACUUUUUCGGGGAUUUAGUUUUGUAGCUAUUGCAUCAGAUGAUGAAAGCCAAGCAAUGCAGACAGUUGGAGUGCAUUCAAUUGUCCAGCAGUUGCACAGGAACAGCAUUCAGUUUACUGAUGGAUAUGAAGUAAAGGAAGAUAUUGGAGUUGGCUCUUACUCUGUCUGCAAGAGAUGUGUUCAUAAAGCUUCAAACAUGGAAUAUGCUGUGAAGAUUAUUGACAAGAGUAAAAGAGAUCCAACAGAAGAGAUUGAAAUCCUGCUGCGCUAUGGACAGCAUCCAAAUAUUAUUACCCUGAAAGAUGUAAGUAGUGUUUUAAAGACAUCCUUUAGUGUAUUAUAAUUGUGAAUCACUUUCUAAUUUGAGAGAUGACAAGCUAUAUGUUUUAGAUUUAUGUUCAUGUCUUUCAGUCUUUAAAAAUAAAACAAUGUCCCAAUGCAAUUUAUUCAGUAAUAUCUAGUUUUUUACUGGGAUGUGUGUGUUUCCUUUAAAGUUGCUUAUAUUGUGGUACCAGUGUUAAUCUAAGGAAUCAAAUAAUUCAUCCUUCAUAAAUCCUAGCACAAGAAUAAUUUAUUUAAUGUUGGCUGUAUUUUUAGAGAAACAAGGAAGUUUUUUAUUGCUUAGUCAACUUUGAAUCUGAUUUUGCCUACAUUAUUCAAAAGCAAUUUUAAUGCACAUUAUUAUAUAACAAAGAACUCACUGUUAGCACAGUACCCAAGUAAAUUUCAUGGACAGUAACAAGUAUUACUCAGUAGUAGACAAAAUCUUUCCAUGUCCAUGGUUCUCACUCUUUUUUACCCAGUAUCUUUAUCUGGCCUCUGUAUGAACACUA